CGUAACCUCCGAACCCCAUCAGCAAGCAAUCCCCAAUACCAAUACCAAUACCAAUACCAACUCCAAUUCAAAAUUCAAAUCCACCCUAAUAAAUAAUCUACACUCUUUUCCCCCCUCUACUGUUUUAGCAGAUCCAUUUAUUCACGGUCCUAAUUUCACCCAAUCCAGGUCUAUCGAAGAAAAGAAAAGACUCAGUUGAAGAAUUCGGUCUCUUCAGGCCUUUACGCUCGUUUUAAGCAACAAAACUAGGUUUCUCGAAAAUAAACCUCAAAUCCCCACCUACGCCGCCCGCCUCAAUUUGGCACCGAGACAGGGGAAAUAACAACACUGCUGGGAAAGCAAUAUACAAUUUCACCAUUAGUUUUGGGUUUAGAAGUGACUCGGUAUAUCAAAACGAACCAGGGGUCGGCAGAGUGAGCUGCUUAAUCUCAAACUCCGUUCAAUACUAGACCACCCUUGGCCAAAGAUGGCUCCAACUCCUCCCCGUCUAAGAAUUCUAUCAGGUUUGUCUAAUGCAAAUGUCCUUUAUUUCCUACUCCACUUUUAUAUCGCGCUAGUUGAACGCCCAUCUCCCGUCAAUAUCUUCAUUUUUCUUGCUGUCGUGGUUCAGCGUGUGCGAUUUCGUGCAUUUUCUACAUCGUCGCCGUCAAAAUGGGAGGCAAUGAACUAAUCAGUGUGUGUACAGUCGGUGGGAAUGCUGUUUCGGCUUUCUUGUCCUGGAGGCUUCAAGCCACCAACGCUUGCGAUGUGACUUUGGUGUGGAAAUCUGGGUUUGACGCCGUCUAUCAAUACGGGAUAUCAUUCAAGUAUGCCACCGCAUCAAAUCCAUCCAGAGCAAUCAACUGACCAUUCCCCAGAUCUACUUCUUUUGGCAACGAACGAUUCAAACCACGGCAUGGUAUGCUAUUCAUUACCCACUCCAAAAAAACAAGCGAAUACUGAUUCGUCACAUCUAGUUGUCCGCACUCCCGAAGAAGCCGCCAGUAAUAAAGAUGGUCCUUUCGACUACGUUUUGCUUUGCGUAAAAGCCCUACCAGAUGUAUACGAUCUCGCCGCGGUCAUUGAAUCGGUCGUCACACCACAACAUACAUGCAUAUUAGUCAAUACGACACAUACGCUGGGUGUCGAGGCUCAUCUCGAAGCGAGGUUUCCAAGUAAUGUUGUAUUAUCACUUGUAUCCGGAGCUGAGAUAGUGCAAUUGGGAGCGAGCGAAUUUGAGCAUAAAGGUUCCACCGAGAUAUGGGUUGGACCAGCGACGAAGAACCCUUCGAUGCCUAGCACUAUACAAGGAGAUAUGGCUGAGGCGCUAGCGAUGACUUUGAGUGGUGGACAAGUAGACUGUCAUGUUUCUUCGAACAUAAUGCAACAACAGUAUGAGAGGAUGAUUGGGUAAAUUUUCAUGGAAUUCCUUCCAAGCCGAAUUCCUUGCUAAUAUUGAUUCGUAGACCUAUAGCUUUUCAUCCACUGAGCGUAAUAUUCGAGACGCCAUCCCACGCUGCGUUACUCGAGAAAGUUGGCGUGAGGUCAAUGAUUUCGGAGUUAUUUGACGAAUUGGUCAAUCUUGCCCAAGCACAAGAUUGUUCAUUUCCCCCAAACUUCAAAGAAAAGAUUAUGGAGGAUAUGACAAAAUCUUCCGAGGCUAACAGUAUUAUGUAUCAAGACUAUGCUGCUAAGCGACCCAUGGAGGUUGAGACUUAUCUUGGAUCCCCCAUAAAACUUGCUCAGCUUGUUGGAGUCAAGGUCCCUCGCAUAGAGACUCUCUACCCAAUCCUCCACAAUCUCAACAUUGUCAACCAACAAAGGAAAGAGACCGGCCUCGCCCCCCAGCCUUCUCCUCUAGCUCCACCCAUGAGAAUGUCAUCUGCACCCCCUCCUAGACCUAUGAUGAAUGGAGGUCCACCGGGAAGCGCUGGUAGAGGUAGAGGACGUGCACCAUCUAUGGGCCCUCCACCGGGUAUGCGACGCGGACAAGGUGGACCGCCAAACGGUUUCGGCCGACCUCCAAAUGGAAUUCCCCAAUCGCGAAAUCAGUCGAGGCGAGGUUCUCUAGAAGGUAAUGAUCUCGAAGAGUUUAGUCACUUGGUCUUGUACGAUGAUAUUCCCGAAGGUGGAGAAUCACCUUAUCCUACUGAAGCUGGCGGUGGUGAAAUUGCUCUAAGAGAGCGCGAAUUAAUGCUUAGACAACGGGAACUUGCUCUUCGGGAGCAGGAGAUGCGCAUGCGUCAGGGUGGAGGUGGAGGUGGAGCCCCACCUAGAUCCCGUCGAGGCCCAUCCACACCUUCGGUGCGAAAUGGGGGAUUCGACGACGACGAUGAUGAUGAUUACUACGUUGACCCUGCAGACGCCCCUCCGGUCCCUCUCAUUGAUCCUGACAAUUUUGACAUGAUGAGCGUUACAUCACGACGAAAUCGCGCGAAACCUGGGCCGAGUAAACAACAAAUCCGUGCUAAUCCCGAAUACGAUAAUGUUCCUCCUCCCCGUCGAGGCGGUGGAUUUUUGCGUGGUAACCUUCCUCGAAAUCGUUCCAGCGCGAGAAUAAUAAGCCAAGUGCCUGGCUUACACGACAACAUAAUGGAUGAUCCCUUGAUGGCAUAUUCAUCCGAUCGAUAUGGUACUGUAGAUCGACGAGCAAUGGGCAUGGAUUCCAGAGCAAGUUCUUUGACAGCUGCUCGACUGGACGAGUUACAGUAUGGAUCAUCUGGUCCACCUAUCCAUGGGCAAGGUGGUCCAUAUCCAACGGCAAGGCGAGCAAGUCAAUCACCGGGAAAUCCAUAUAGUCCGCAAGCACAGAGAGCAAAUGGUAGACCUUCGCCGCCGAACGGGCAUAUGGGAGGACCUAUGAAUGGCAGACCAUCACCUCCAGGGGCGAUGAGGCAGCCUGCACCUCGGCACCCACCGGGUCAGGGAAAUAUGGUUGCGCCGCAACAGGUUGAGCAAUAUGCUGGGGUGAGCGCCCUCCAUCCACCAAAAGGCCCUAUGAACGUACGAAGUCUGACCGGAAGUGCUAGCGCUAGCGCAGGUAGUGGUGACAGCGGCGCGAGCGCCAUCCUCGACUCCGAACCAUCUGCAAACAGCAGUCAAAGUAGCCUCGGGCCACGUCCGCCCAUGGAGGUGAGGUAAAUUCAAAGAUACAGCUAAAAUUUGCUCGAUAUUUGUCACUUUCUUCUUUAGAUGAAAGUGACAUGGGCUCAGUUUAUUUGAAUCAGGGACGAAUUCUUCUGAUCGAUGGCCUUUACCUCCUUCAUCUGCAUAUACACCUUAUACCUUUUUUCGAACUUCACUUUAAUGGCUUCGACUACUUUCAGACGUCACAAAAAUCGCAAGCGGCUGCUUUUCGCGGGGGAAAUAAUGAUGAAAUACACAAUUAGAUUUUAGUGAGAUUUGAAUGAGGAAGCAUUGUUGUUUCUACUUUUUCCGGUUGAGGAGGGACGAGUACAUAUGCAUGUGCAUGGCGACACUCAUCGCGCACAAGUUUUUGUUUUUCUUUUCUGGUAAUAUUGCAUUUGGGGUGGCGUCUUGAUGUCUGCAUAUAAUUUCUAUUCUCAAUUUUCCCACAAUUGCAUGGGAUAGCUCAUACGAGUGAGUGACUGAACAGUAUAUUACCUCGUCUGUCCUUCUUGAUAAGUGGAUUUGUUGGUGGGAGCAAUGGAUGGGGAUCUUCUUUAGUAUAUGACAGAUAAAGGUUUUUUUUUCCUUAUUUUACUACUUCACUUACUGGCUGGCUUUGGCGGAGGAAGGGUUGUGUUCGGCAAUGUGUAUCAGUCAAAAUCUAAAAAUGGUGGAAUGGAUGAGGAAGCUGGAAAGGUUCUCAUCCCACGGCAACUGAAGAUGGAGAGGGGAAGUGGAGAUGAUGGUUAUGAGAUAUUUAUUUUGUUGGUUGAUUGCUAGAUGGAUGGGAUGGGUAUAGGAAGGGAUGGGCGGUGUUGUAUAGAUGGAUGGAUGGAUAUGGAGGAUGGCUUAAGGCGAAUUUUCAUAAGGAGAGUUGGAAGAACCGAUGGAAUGCAAGGCUAGCUUUGGGAUGGAACACGUUACUAUCUAGAUAAAUGGGGAUGGAAGGGUGAGGAAAGAUAAGAUGGGAAGUCCGGAAGAGCAGAGCUAGUUAGUAGUCAGUCAAUCAUUUCUGGGAAAUAAAUACGAGAG